AUGAGCGUGCACAGUCUCAGCAAAGACGAAGUGGAGCAUGAAGCUAAACCCGAGAAUGUCUGGGUCGAGGAUUGUGCAGCCGACGGAGGGUCCGGGGUGAUGGCUACCUAUCGGGGCUAUACUUCAGAGUUUGCUCGCAAGACCAAGGGUGCGCUGCUGAAAAAGAUCGAUCGUCGGAUCCUACCUUUGGUACUGCUUAUAUACCUAUUUAAUUACCUGGAUCGAAACUCCACCACGCAAGCUCGAGUCUAUGAACUGCAAGAGAACAACUACCUAAAGGGAGCGGAGUAUCAAACGGCUAUUUCCAUCUUUUCAGUCGGGUACAUCCUCAUGCAGUUCCCCUCCACUAUGCUGAUGACCAAAAUUCGACCCUCCAUCUACCUGGCAUCCUUCAUGUAUAAUUGUCUGGGCCAUUACCCCUUCUUUCCCGGAGCCAUCUUCUAUCUCAGCCGUUGGUAUACAGAGAAGGAACUUGGAGUGCGAACCGCAUUGCUCGUGUUAGGCAUCCUGCUGUCGAACACUUUUGCUGGACUCAUUUCCGCCGGAAUCCUGACUGGAAUGAAUCACGCCACGCGCUUCGCAUCCUGGCGAUGGCUGUUUAUUAUCGAAGGCCUUGCCACCGUGGUCGUGACCCUCGUGCCGAUGGCAUUUCUACCCGAUUUCCCCGCCACUAGCAAAUGGCCGACCAAAGCCGAACGAGUCGUAGCGCAGGCGCGCCUCGCCGAGGACGCAGGCUCGGAGAACGCGCUGAAAUACAAGAACGUGCCCCUGUCCCGAGCAUCGGUCUGGACCGGCAAGGACGUGCGUACCUGGAUCUUUGCGUGCAUGCAGAUGGCCACGACGGCCACUACCUCCCUCUCCCACUUCUUCCCCACGCUGAUUAAAGAGAUCGGGUUCUCCAGCAACACCAUCGUGCUCCUGCUUACCUCUCCACCCUACGUUGUGAGCUUCUUCUGGGCAGUGGGCUGGGGUCAGUGCGCCGAUAGGCGCCAGACUCGCUCGAUUCCCGCGGGCGUGUCGGAGGGGUUGGCCAUUCUCGCGGCCGUCCUCAUUGGGCGCGCUACGCCUUCACUUUCUUAAUCUACUGCGGAACGUACAGUGUCUACGCGACCACCUACGCCUGGCUGUCGUCGACGAUCGUCCAGCCCCCGGCUAAACGGGCCUUAAUCAUUGGGAUCAGCAUCGUCUCGCGAUUCAGCACCUCUUUCAGCGUCCGGGUCGG